AGCACGGCAGCUCGGGCUCGUGCCUCCGCGAAGGGCACGCCGUCAUCAGGAUUCGGCAGGAGGGGGAUGCGGCCCCCGGGACGGCGAGGCCUCCCACCGGGCACUCCCUGGCAGCUCCUUGCACCGCGCGGCACUCCCGGUUCGCCCUCCUGGAUGCCGGGGAAGGUCCAGAUCAGAACAAAGUGCUGAACGAGUGAACAGCUGGAGAGACCGUGAAGAUGGCCGUCCAAAACUUUGAGGGCGUCCUUGCAUACGUGGGUGGAUGCGGCUGCUACCAGGGCAUCCUCUUCGGGGUGGCCGCCAUCUUGAACAUCUUCGUGGCCUUUGUUUACUUCGGCCAGAUGUUCAUGACCCUGACGCCGCCCCACUGGUGCCGCCCCCCGCCCGGCCUCGAGCACCUCAACCUGACGGAGGGGCAGCUUAAGGAACUCACUGUCCCGCGCCACGCCGACGGGGAGUACCUGUCCUGCGCGAGAUACGACGUCAAUUUCACACAGGUGGUGGAGAGCAACCUGAGCUGGCCCGACUCGACGUGGCCGCUCACCAGCUGUACACAUGGAUGGAUUUACAACUUUUCCCUCUACUAUCCUACCAUUACGUCCCAGCUGGACUGGGUGUGCGACGAGGACUGGCGACCGGCGCUGGCGCAGUCGCUCUCUUCGUGGGGUCCAUGGUGGGGUCGCCGAGCCUGGGCUGGGCGGCCGACAUCUGGGGCAGACUCCCCAUCAUCGUCUUCACCAACCUGCUGGGGGCGCCGCGGGGUCGCGUCCGCCUUCAGCGACUCCUUCGCCAUGUUCGCCGCCUGCAGGUUCUUCGUCGGGGUAACGCACGAGCAGCAGGGACUCGUGGCCUUCGUCCUGUUCCUGGAGUACGUGGCCCCCGAGUACCGCACCCUCAUGGCCAACGUGCCCGUGAUGCUCUUCCUGACGCUGGGCAUGUGCGCGCUGCCCUGGAUCGCCCUCGCCCUCGCGCAGUGGCGGACGCUGGCCCUCGCCCUCCACGCCGUCCAGUUCCUCAGCGUCGCCUUCAUCUG